AAAAAAGACCCACGCGGUCAAUCGGCAGCGCAGAGGCCGAACUUCAUCGGGCGAGCAUUCCUUGGUGGAGUCUGCCCCACGUUACAGCCCUGAGUGAAUGCGGGGUCACCGCCAAGUAGUCGAGGCAGCCUUUAAGGAACGCGCUUUCGAGGCCGCUUCCCAUGACCCUUCUCGGGAGCCGUAUGACGUCGUUUGCCACGCUUGUCCAGGAAGGAGCUUGCUUGCGCCUCGUGGGUGGGAAGCCGGGAGCAGGAAACAUUGAAUACAUCACAGAUUGUACACCUUGGAGACCAUUUACCAGUAAUAAUGGAUUACAGAGGAGAAAUUAUGAGCCAGAUAGUUCCAGGACAAUUUGAUGAUGCAGAAGCUUCAGAAAGCGGACAUGGAUACGUUACAACAUCUCAUGAGGAGACAGUGACCCUUAAAAUGCAGCAGCCACAGUUACAUGAGGAAGCCAAUGGGAAUGAAGUUGACGAGCAUGAUGAUGAUGAUAAUGAAGAAGAAGAAGAUUAUGAUGAUGAUGAUGAUGACUGGGAUUGGGAUGAUGACACAGGAAAGGUGACAAAGAGGAAUCUGGUAUCUGGAGGAAGCAACUCACAGGCGAAUAAACAGGUACCCAGUUGCAAUACUGCCAAGAUCUCCACUCCUACAGAUAAGGCCCUGCGAAAGUUUGAGCAUAAAAUCAAUCUAGACAAGUUACGUUUUGAUGAUUCUGUCAUAAAUAGAGUCACAGAGAAGUCCAGACAAAAAGAAGCAGAUUUGUACCGUGUAAAAGAUAAAUCAGACAGAGCAACAGUAGAACAAGUUCUGGAUCCAAGAACCCGAAUGAUCCUGUUCAAGAUGCUAACCAGAGGUGUAAUAUCAGAGAUCAAUGGCUGCAUCAGCACUGGGAAAGAGGCUAACGUAUAUCAUGCCAGCACAGCAAAUGGAAUGAACAGAGCAAUAAAGAUUUAUAAGACAUCUAUUCUGAUGUUUAAAGAUCGGGAUAAAUAUGUGAGUGGGGAAUUCAGGUUUCGCCAUGGCUAUUGUAAAGGAAAUCCAAGAAAAAUGGUGAAGACAUGGGCAGAAAAAGAAAUGAGGAAUUUAAUAAGGUUGCACGCAGCACAAAUUCCAUGUCCAGAACCUGUUAUGCUGAGAAGCCAUGUUCUUGUGAUGGGCUUUAUUGGCAAAAAUGACAUGCCUGCUCCUUUGCUGAAAAAUGCCCAGUUGUCAGAAUCAAAAGCCCGGGAAUUGUACCUGCAGGUCAUCCAAUAUAUGAGAAGAAUGUACCAGGAUGCUAAGCUUGUUCAUGCUGAUCUCAGUGAAUUUAACAUGCUGUAUCACAGUGGGCAGGUGUAUAUUAUAGAUGUGUCCCAAUCUGUAGAGCAUGAUCAUCCCCAUGCUUUAGAAUUCUUGAGGAAAGACUGUGCCAAUGUCAAUGAUUUUUUCCGGAAAUACAAUGUUGCCGUAAUGACAGUGAGAGAGCUCUUUGAGUUUGUCACAGAUCCGUCUAUUACAAGUGAAAAUAUUGAUGCUUAUCUUGGAAAGGCAAUGGAAAUAGCAGCGGGGAGAACAGAAGAAGAAAGAUCCAAUCAGGAUAAUGUAGAUGAAGAGGUGUUCAAAAAAGCAUAUAUCCCUAGAACGCUAAUGGAAGUGAAGAACUAUGAGAGGGAUGUGGACAUAAUGAUGAAGCUGAAGGAAGAAGACACAGCCUUAAAUGUGCAGCAAGAUAAUAUUCUGUACCAGACUGUGACAGGAUUAAAGAAAGACUUGUCUGGUGUCCAACAGGUGCCUGCCCUUCUUGAUAAUAAGAGUGAGUCCAAAUCUGAUUCUGAUUAUGGCAAGGAUGAUUAUGAUGACACUUCUGACACUUCUGAAUCUGAUUCCAAAGACCAGGGGACAUGGGUGCAUCCUAAAGAUCGACCUGCUGAACCAGGUGUGGAUAAAAAGGAAAAGAAGAGGAUGACAAAAGAGGCUCAGAGAGAGAAGAGGAAACACAAGACCCCAAAGCAUGUGAAGAAACGAAAGGAAAAGACUGCAAAGUUGAAAAAGGGCAAAUAAAUCAUGGUUGCCAACUUUUCAGAGUUGUAUUUGCCUUUCAGGACUUAAUAGGUCACUGUUCUAGUAGCAAAGUACUACAUCUUGGAAAAUGUUCAAAAGAACAUUGUAAAAGGGCUGACUGUUCAGAGUAGCAAAGACGGACUUCUGUACUCUGGCAUGUCCCUUCACACAACUCUCAUUGAGAAUGUAUCCUUGCAGAGAAAUAGAGACUGAAUUAAAUAUCUAUAUUAGGGCAAUCCAGAGAAAUAUAUACCACUUAUAAUUUUGCAUUUUAUUAGUGUGAACAUCUCUUUUAUUUAUUCAUACCCAAAUGCUGUAAGUACAGAUUCAUAUAUGUAAAUAACAAUAUAGAGUGCGGGAAAGUAA